GUUUGCUUCGUCAAAGGCACUAGCGAACGCGCAUCUCUCGCGUUCAAUUCAAUAGCCCUUUCGCCACUGCAUAAACCCACAUCUCCAUGUUGAGUCACUAUGACGUCGAAUCUACAGCAUCACCUCUAAGCUAAAGCAUCCUACAAAGCCACUCCCCAGCCGUCUAUUAAAGCAUUGAUCAAAGACCAAGACUGCUCACCAAACGAAAAGCUUAGCAACGAGACCUCUCAUACAGACCUCCUUGAAAUAACACACACCAUGUCUUCCCUAACAGGCCAAGAAUCUUCAAACACCCAACCCAAGAACCCCGUCAACCCUAGCGAAGACACAUCCGGCACAUUCAAGGGUGAUCCGAGCGUUCCGUUCAAAACCGGUCAGUCGACAGACCCUGCUGGUUUGAGCACGUCCGUGGAUAAGGCUGCACCCGGCCAGCAAAACGCCUCGGGCACUUCAGAGGAGCGCCGCGGAGAAGACGUAACACAAAACACUAAGCAAGAGUACGAGGGAAGUAGCAAUGUCGGGACUAAAACAGGAGGCGAGAGUUUGAUCGAGAGUGUGGAGAGGAGCAUGCAUGAAGGUGGAGAGUCGGAUCGGAGUGGAGUGGAUAUUAGACAGGUCACUACUGGGUGA